AUGGCUGUUUGUUUAUCCUCGAGGAACUCCUUCCAGGGCACCACGUCCUUGCCAGCAGAACAUGCUCCAUAUCAUGAUACUCCCUCCAGACCCUUGCACAGUGCGAGAUUUAUUAAAGAUGGAAAAAAUGAAUCGUUAAGCACACAAGGCACCUGCUAUUACAACGGCACCUGGUUCGAGGACAAGGAGGAACUGCCAACCCGAGGACUGUGCCUCGUUUGCCACUGCUUCUCCGGAUUUACGGAACCGAAUGCCUUCACUUGCUCUGUGAUCGAUUGCCCCUGGGAUGAUUAUCACAGGAGAUUUCCCGGCUGCACCCCCAUCUAUGCCGACAGGGACUGUUGUCCCAUCGGAUGGGAAUGCGAUUAUGGCACACAGAACCCAGGAUCACAGCAGGUCAAAAGUCCCGGAUGCGAUUGUGAGUGGCGUUACCUAAAGCAUUACGAAGCGAAAGGGUGCAGACCCGUUUACGAAGAGAAGAAACAUUCUGAUGGUGAAGAAUCUUCAUGCACGUGUCCUUGGAGGUUUGAUUGUUCGCAGGCAGACGAGCUCCAUGCCGAUGAACGAGCUUGCAUUUACAAGAAGCAUGUAUAUCCCAUUGGCUCUAAAAUAACAACGAACAACCCGUGCGAAACAUGUUCUUGUGUGAGGGAUUACUUCACCCAAGCAGCCACCAUUUCUUGCAGCAAUACAGAGUGUCCCACCGUGUAUUCUCAAACGCCUCUGCCGGAGGGAUGCCAUUAUGUCUAUAAAGAAAACAUGUGCUGUCCCACCAGUGUAGAAUGCCCCACAGCUCAAAAAGAUAAUGUUUAUAAAGUUCCAAUCUGUGAGUACAAAGGCAAGAUGUACUACGAAGGUGAACAGAUCUACCCAGAUGAAGAUCCAUGUUUGAUCUGCUUGUGUAAUCAGAACUGGACUGGCAUUAACAGCACAAGCUGCAGGCAGCACGAUUGCAUGUUGGAGAGAGAUUCGAGGAAAUUGAAGCAAGGCUGCAUUCCUAUUUACCACGAGAAGACAUGCUGUCCCAUCGACUAUCAUUGUGCUGAUGAAGACUUCGACUUCAAAGGCAAUAAAGGUCCAAGUUUUAAGUCUGAAGAUGAUGAAGAUGAGAUGUGUUACUUUGAAAGUCGUUACUAUCCUGUUGGUCACGUUCUCGACAUCAAGCAUCCAACUAACUGCGUGACAUGUACAUGCAAAACGCCACCUGACUUUACAUGCAUUCAUAGUUCCUGCCCGCCUCCACCAAACAAUGACUACAACAACUGCAAGGCUGUUUACAAACCUCAUUCCUGCUGCCCGGAUUACACAUGUGAAGAAAAAGCUAGUACGGCUUGCCCGGACCCCAUUUGCAAAGGGACCAACUGCUGGCUGGUUAAACAAGAUGACGGGUGCCAGGUUUGCCGUUGCAAGUCCCGCUGCGUGCCCUGUCCGCCCAUGUGUCAGCCCGAGAACCCCGAAAACGAAUGCUCCGGAUGUAUUUGCCAAAUCAAUAGCACCGCCUUAUUGGAAUUUGAAAAGAAAGAUGAAUCAGUGGAAAACAAACAAGAAAGUUCUUUAAAACAUCUAGUGCAAGAAUGCAAGAGUAUGAACUGUCAAAGUGAUGAACGAUGCAUGUUGGUUGAAACUAAGUGCGAAGAAGAACCUUGUCUGCCAGUUCCUAAAUGUGAGAAAGUGUCUUUUGGAUGCGGACAAAAAUCGUGCCCUGAGGGUUGCGAAGAAAUUGGAUCAUAUGAAAGCAGCUGUCCUCUCUGUUACUGUAAGCAACAAAUUAAAGAACCUCAGUACAAGUUAACCUGUCGAGUACAGUCGUGUGAGGAAAACUGUAUUCUGAUUGGAAGAGAUGAAGAAGGUUGCCCUGUAUGUAAAUGCCCCCAAGGAAAUCUUGAGGAACGAGCAUGUGCCCCUUCUCCAUGUCGAGGAUACAACUGCACGAUGGCAGUGAACUCUCUAGGAUGCGCUGAAUGCCGCUGUCAGCUGUCAUGCAAGCCAAAAGAAUGUCCAGUGGGAUGUGACAUGGAUCUCGAUGUGCCAGCUAACAGCGGUUUAGAAUGCGGAUGCCAGUGCAAGAAUUCCACAACCGCAAUGGAACAUAUUCUUUCGAAGCCAGUUUCUGACUCCUGCCCGCCUGUAUCGUGUCAGGGGUUGAACUGCACAUAUGGAGAAGACAAAGCUGGAUGCCCCAUUUGCUUCUGUAAAGCCCCGUGCCCAGCACCCACUUGCCAAGAAGGUUGCAAAAUAGAAGAGGAGGUCAAGGAACCUGGACGUUGCCCAGGCUGUGCUUGUAAAUUGUCCAGGUCAGCCAGAGAUAACACCGUAAAAGAGUGUCCACCGCCCACGUGCCUUGGUUACAACUGCAGUGUUGUGACUGCCGACGAUGGCUGCCAAAAGUGCAUCUGCGAGUCCCCCUGUGAAAAGGAGCCCAAAUGCCCCUCCCACUGCAAAAUUGAAACCAAUGCCCCGGAAGGCAGAUGCAGGGGAUGCGUUUGCUCCGUCGGGGAACAGGCCGAAACCGAAGAGAAGACUCACGAAAACAACGAAAGCAUUUCUAAGGGUACUGACACGGAACCAGAAAAGAGAGAAGACUUGGAGGCAGAUUUCAUUCCUCUACCAGGCAAAGAAAUAGUUCCAGAAGUUGAUAAAAUCUUCUUCGUUCAUGGUGAUGGUGACAAUGAAAAAUAUUCUGGACUGCCUGGAUACCACUACAGCGGUGGUCACGCCUUCCCUGUUUUCGGAGAGCCUUUGGAAUCAGACCUCUACAACACAGACGAUCAUAUAUCAGGGGACGUGGAAGGUGGAGAUUAUGAACACGACGAGGAUGGAUAUGUUCCGGAUUAUGCUGAGGAAAAAACCAUUGAAGAUGAUGAAGAUGAAAAAUGUGCGCAAAAGAAUUGUCCAGAAGGUCAAAAAUGUGUAAUUAGAAGACUUCAGUGCAUUCGUACGCCAUGCCCGACCAUACCUGUUUGCAUUGAUGUGGAGCCACGUUGCCCUAUUCCAAUGUGUGCUAUUGGUUGUAUGGUUAUGAAGUGGGACGAUGAGGUAUGCCCGUCUUGCUUCUGUGGAAUCAUUCGUGGAGCGGAAGGCCGAGUUUGCCCUAGAACACGCUGCGUAGGACGUCGCUGCUACAAUGUGAUUGGAGACGACGGCUGUCCUCAGUGUAAGUGCGAUUCCAUUUGCAUAGCUCCUACCUGUACCGAAGGCUGCUCGCUAGACAAGGAUCCACCUGAAGGAAAGUGCCCCACUUGCAUCUGCUCCUCAAAAAGCACAGUAGAGCCGUCCAUUAUACGAGGAACUUCACCCGCCAUCACCACAACAGAACCUGGAACUGAUUACGAUAAUGUAGAAGCUUUGAGUCGAGAUCCAGAAGACUACGAAACCGGUGACGAAAAUCAUUCAGAGCAUACUGAUGAAUAUCUGUCAGAUGAUGGUACGACAAUGAUAACUGAAGAAAACUUUUCUUCGGAUGAGGUAGCAACAGGAGCGGACUCCCUUUCAAAAACUGAAGAAAGUACUGAAGAUAAUUUGAAAUUAAGUCUUGGGCAUUUACCUACUGAUUUAUAUGAAAGUUUAGCCGAAAUUGAAGAACAAGUAAAAAUGAGUGAUCCUACAACAAUUACAAUAAAUCUACCAGAAACGUCGGAUUAUUCAGAUUUGAUUGAAACAUCUACACAAUCUACAACUAUAUCCAUUGAUUUACCAUCAGAUGAACUACUUACUACUCCCAAGCCUUGUAUGCUGAAACCAACUAUUUCUGAUACUGGGAUAGAAGAAAAUCCUGUAGUAAAUGCUUUUGACGAUGUGAAGCCAAUUGAAAAGAAAACUACGAGUAAACCACCAACAGUUACCCAAAAGCAAACCAGACCUACUCAGGUCACAUCAACAAGAAAGCCACACAGAAAACCAACUCCAAUUAGAAGAAAAAACAGUCCUCGUCCCCCCACCCGCAAACCUAUAUACUCCAUUGAGACCACACCUUCUGAUUUACCAAAAGAGAAGGUUACUUCCAGCAGCAUAACGUCAGAAACAACUGAAGCCAAUCGACCUGUAGUGUUAGAAGGUCGUCCGUCUACUAAUCAACACUUGAAACAAAAACCAGUACUCAAACCACAUCUCACUUCCGAAAAUUCAGAGAGCCUUAAUGUAAAAGAUUCAGAAAGUAACAGAGAAGAAAGUGAAGGGAGUAUGAAACCCAUUUUGCAAAACCUUCAGCAGUUAAUGUCUAACCUGCAUACCGUACUUUCAAAUCAUCAGAGACCAGCUCAAGUAACAGAAUUGGCUCCUCAAGUUCCAGAGAAAAAGGAACCUGCAGAUUACACUAAGAUUAAGAAUCCAUCGAAUGUCACGAAAGACCAAGUUCCUGACACUUCUGAAUCAGAGAUAAAACAGGCGUCAGACUCUUUGUCAACAAAUAGUUCCAUUCAAAAUGAUAACAAAGAUGCGUUAGACCUGAAAACAACUACUCAAGAUGAAAUUUCAAAAGAUAGUAGUAAAAUCAAACCAAGUUCUGAAUCAUUAUCAGACAAGCUGAAUGAAACUUCUGAAAAUACAAAAGCCAAACCAGACUUUUCAUUCAACAAUCCACUUGCACUUCACGGAGCUUUGUUGCAGCAUCUUAUCGCAAAUCCUAGCCUCCAAAACAUAUUAGCUUCACAUCAUUUGCUCUCCAAUCCUGCGUUUGUUUCCCCAUUACUACAACAAGGUGUGAAUCCUCAGUAUCAUUUAUAUCCCCAUUAUGCAUAUCAAAGCAAUCCAGGUGGCAUACAAUUAGUACACCCAUCACAAAUCCCUAAUAUUCCUUACCAAACUUCCUAUUAUCCUCAAACACAAGGGCAAGGAUUCCUUUCCAAUCUUCCAUUACAACAUGACCAAUAUUCUCAAAUGACACCUCAGUUUCAGCAACAGCAGUUUCUUUCAACUAAUCUUCCAAUGCCUCCGUCACUUCAACAACAAUUACAGGCUGGAACACAAAAAAUUGGCUUUUUGACCCAAUUCAAUAAUCAUAAUGCAGCGAGACCACCAUUUGUUAGUGAAGCUGCUGUAUCCCAAUCUCCAGAAACUUCACAAACUAGUAAUGUAUUAGACACAAAGUAUCCAAAUCCUCAAGAAAUAAAUAAAAAUACUUCCACGCCAGAAGAAGUACAUAUUGAUGCUCAAUCAGUUGAAAUUCAAACUAUGCCUCCUUUCCCGGAAAACGAUAACACUAGCAAUUCCUCGUUAAUGGAAAGUAUACUAAAUUCUGAAGAAACUACCGGUACCUCUUCAGAAACUGACCAAACAGUAAUCCAGCAAUUUAAUCAUCAUGCUCCCCCUUCAAAACAACAAGUGGAAAUUCCAGUUCCAGUCCAAACUUCAAGUCAAUCACAGUCGGACAGUAUUAGCACUUCAAAUGACGUAUUAGAGGAAAUCCCAACUAACCAACACCAAAAUGAUCAUUCACAUAGUGAUCUUGCUACUUCAUUACACGAUGACAGCGUUACUAUAGAAAAAAUUCCUGAUUAUCAAGAAGCGAAAUUACCACAUUUGCAAGAUCUCGAAAGAUUAAAUUACCAGUCUCAGCAGCAGCAAGUUUUAAUACAGCAACUGCAAGCGCAACAAUCACAACAACAAAAUCAAUUACAAAAAAUACAAUCCACGCAAGAACAAUACUUUUAUGACAAAAACAAAGAUAAAACACAGGAGAGUGAAAUACAGACAUUGAAUGAUCAAGCACAACUUGAAAUAAGCACGGGAGAUGUAUCACAGUCCGCGCAUGUCUCAAUUCCGCAAAAUGAUGAUAAAAAUUUGCACGUAACAGCACAUUUUAGACCAGAAAAUAUUCAAAAUUCUCAAGCACAUAUUCAAACACAAGCUCAAGAUCCACAUUUUGUCAGUGAAAAUCCAUCAGUUGAUCAAGAAACUGAUAUCUCCCAGCAAAACCAACAGUUAAUCCAAUUUUCUCAAAACGACGUUCAUGUGCAAAAUACAAUCCAGCAAAGUGUAAUGCAAAACAAACCUUAUUUACUUCAAGAACAAACGCAAUAUUUGAAUCAGGAUAUAAACAAAACACCAGCACCCCAACAAGCUGUUCAGAAUAGUGAUGAACUAAUAGCUCAACAACAUCAAAUUCAACAACAAUAUCAAACUCCUCAUGUUGUUUUACUAAAACCGGAUUCCCCGGAUUCACAAGUAAGUGAAAACAUGCAGUCUCAGUACUAUUUACAAAAUCAGUCUCCAAAUAUUCAGUCACAAGAUUCACAACAAGGUGUUCCACCACUUGAUUUUGCGCAAGUGCGAAAGCAGACUCCAGCACAGAGUGAACAACCACAAAUUAUCAGUAAUCAUAAUAUUCCUUACAAUCAACACGAGAGUUCACAGCAGUUUUUGCAAUCUGAGCAACCACUUAUUACUCAAAAUCAGGUGUACCAGCAUCAAAACAACUUUUCUGGAGCGUCUUUACAACAAGAUGCAAAUACUUAUAAUUCAUAUGCUAUAAUAAAUAAUCAAAACCAAGUACCAAUGCAUCAACAAGAAGCAAGUUACCAAAAUAAACCGGUACAGGAUCAGCAGCAAAGUCAGUACAACACAUAUCCUCAAGACAGACCCUUAAGUCAUCAACAACAGUUCACGAGUAUGCAAGAUAAAUAUGUUCUGGGUGGAUCUGUUGGCAUGCAAUAUGGACCGGCAAUUCAGAGACCUCAAUACGGAUCUCAAAAUAAUCAUCAACCUCAAGAAAUGCAACCGAACUAUAUUCAACCAGCUACACAAAACUUUAAUUUUCAACAUAAACCAAUUCCAGCUAUUCAACUGCAAAAUCAACAAAUUCCUCAUGAAAAUAAGUAUGCACCACAGUCAUUUCAACAGCAAGCUUCUCAAGAGCAGCACAAUCAGUUUUGGGCUCAUCGACCGUCCGAGACAAGUAAUCAAGUAAAUCCCCCUUCUCCAUCUGUACAACAAACAUACACACCUCCAUCAGAACCUGUGCAAAAUCAUCCUAAUUACGGGUAUCAGCAGCAGCUUCCUACUUCUUCCGAGAACAUUUUGCAAAAUCAGCCAAAUGUACCACAGAUUCUUAACAUUCAUAGUUCAAGCGUGUCACAGCAACAAAGUACUUAUCAGAAUACAUUCAACUAUCAAACCUCAAAAGAACAGAUUCCACCCCAAGUAAGUGUGGCCUCAGAACCACUUUCUUCUCAGCAUUUAUUAGAGCAUACUCAGUAUAUACAGCAGCAAGUCAAACCACAGGUACCAUCAGAGUAUCAGCAAAUUCAACAAGAGCAGGAAAUUAAACCAUUAAAGGAUCAACAUAUUUCCGACUAUAGCCAUCAGUAUGGUAUUGCAGAACAACAACUUUCAAAUGCAAAUGAAAGACCGCAGCAACAAAUUCAAAUGGAAAUUGCUUCAUUUAAUCCAUCUGUUUCGCAGCAGAACUAUGAGCAACAAACAAGUUUUAAGCCUUCCGAAGAUAUUCAAGAAGAAUUGCUAUUCAGCGACGAAGACGGUUUGAAGCUUCCUCAACAGCAGGAAGAAGCUUUAGAUACUAAGCCAUAUGAGCAACAACUUCAGCACAGUGAAAUAGGAUUGAGUCAAGAUUUUCAGCAGGAUUCUGAGGAGGAUAGAUACUCUGCAUUAAAGCCAAUAGCGCAAAUAAUAACAGCUGAUUCACAGUACAGUAAAGACGAUGUUGUCCAAAAUAAGGACACAAUUAGCGACAAUGUAUUUAGCGAAGCAUCGGUAGAGCAAAGUGCAGAUGAAAAUCAGUAUACGCAAAAAGAUUCUAGCUUUGAUCAAUUUCUUGUUCAGGAAUCAGUACCGCCAUUUGAGGAAACAACGCCAAAAGUCCAUUACGGGGUUAAAGGAAGACCUGGAUCUGUUGUUCGGCCACAUUUUCAUCCCGUUAGCUCAAAACCAACAACAACAACAACUACUACUACUACAGAAAGCACAUAUGACCUAUUUCCAGCACCAUCUAGGCCUUUAAAUCAAAAACCAGAUGCCCAGCAAGAAGAAGAUUAUGCCCAUCAACAGUUUAUGGAAGAAGAUGUGCCUCAAGAACUUUCAUCGUUUGAUGAAGAUGAAUACGAUUUUGAUGAUAAUACUCUACCAACAACAGCGACCCUCACAACCCAACCACCACUAGCAAUCACAACAACAAAGCUUUUCUCACCAUUACAUUUAUCUACCGCAUAUCCCACUACAGUAAAACCAUCGACACCUGACGAAUCUUCCCAGCAACAUGAAAUAAUUGAAAGUUUCGACAACCACCAACCCGAUUUUGGUAAAAAACCGAUCGACAUUCAGGAAUCGAUUGAGGAAUAUGAUACUACUACGCCUAAAAAAACUCUUUUCGCACAACCUUCUACCCUUAAAGAUCCAAACCCUUUUGCUUCUUUUCCAACAGCAUCUCCAACGGCGGAUACAUAUGGAACGGCUCAACACACCUCUAAAUCUCCAGGAAAUGCAUUCUCUUCGUACCACUGUCCAACCCCACACUGCAAUGGCUACAACUGUUCUCUCCUUCGAGGUCCUGAUGGCUGUCAGAAAUGUGUUUGCGAUUCUCCAUGUGCUCCUUGCCCCCAAUACUGUGUGAAGACAAAGGUUUUAUCAGAAGGCCGAUGUCCCAUCUGUGAUUGUACAGUUGCUCAUGCUUCUGGUCAGCAAGUGCCGGUAAAACAAUGUCCUAAUGUUGACUGUGCCAAACCAAAUUGCAGAAAAGUAAAAGAUAACGAUGGAUGCUUCACCUGUUUAUGUGACCCUAAAUGUGCAGAGCCAAAAUGUGAUCCUGGCUGUGAAGUACUCAGAAACGUUCCUCCUGGACAGUGCCCAGGAUGUGUAUGCAGAGUCACUGUUGUGCAAGCAGUUGUAAACAAACAAAAACAAUGCCCAGCCAUUUCUUGUACUGGACAAAAUUGUAGAGAGACAAAGGGUCCUGAUGGCUGUCCAAAAUGUAUCUGCGAUGUAUCAUGUCCCCCUCCCAAGUGUGAUCCAGGGUGUGAAGUACAGACAGAUGUAGCACAAGGACAGUGCCCGACAUGUGUUUGCCCUACCUUCCCUGAUGAAGAUGAUGAUGAAGAUGACGAUUUGUACUGCCCAAAUCUGUUCUGCGCCGAUUACGGUUGCAGAGAGAUCCCUGGUCCAGCGGGUUGUCCAAUCUGCAUGUGUGAUCCUGUGUGCAAAACUCCAGUCUGCGAGCCUGGUUGCGAAGUCGUAACCAACAAGUACUUAGGACGAUGUCCUGUUUGCAUAUGCAGCGCGCCCUUGGGUCGAACUUUAUCCUUUUUGCCCCUGGCAAAAAAAAAAAAAAAAAUCUUCCAGUUUUGCCUUUUAAUAUCGAUCGAACUCUUUCAUCGAUUAAUAAAUUGCAUGAAAUGUAAAUAUUUCCUAAUUCAGAAUAUCAUAUUUACAGAACCUUCAGUCUCAUCAAUGGCAGCUCCAUCCCCAACAAACAUCACCUAUCAGGCCAUUGAAAGCAUCAAACUCCCACCUCCAGAAGUAGCACAGCAACCAUUCUCUGUGGAGCCCGUUGUUGCCGACGAAGAAGAUUCCACGGCCUCCACCCUCCACACAACAGUCACUGUCCAUUUUAGUCCAACUGAAACAGAAGAAGAAGAAGAGGAAUACGAAGACGAAACCACCGAGCCGACUACAACGACAGAGGAACCGGUUGCAACCUGUCCAGCACCAGUUUGUUCCGGCCUUAGAUGCAAUUUUGAAGUAGGAGAUGAUGGCUGCGAGGUGUGUAAAUGUCGUUAUAAAUGUCCACAACCGAAGUGUGUUGGAAACUGCUAUCCGGAAACAAACUAUCCGUCACACAGAUGUCCAGGAUGCGUGUGCCCACAGAAACGGCCAUCGAAGCCGUGAUUUCCAGGAGCAAUGGUUCCUAUUCAUAGCUGAUCCAGCGGGGAUCAUUUUAAGACAUUCCUAUUU